UCUCGAUUCAUUUCCCGUCUUGCGGCUUACAACCGCUGAUUCGUCUCAUUCCCCUGUCCUAUGUGCGCCGCGAUUGGCGUCUGCCCCUGGUAUACGAAGGCCAUCGCAGACUUCUCAUUUGAUCGGCGAUCAGACCCUUUGCAGCUAUCUGCUUCCCGGCACCGCCAAGCAAGCACCUGCGUCAUCAGACUGCACGCUUUUCUCUCCUGCCAACAGCUGCCCUAUUUCGACUCGCAUAACCCUCCCACUCUUCCCCACAACACACGCAAUCCUACACUGACUGGCGUUGGAAGACAGCAUGCCUGUCUUCGAUGUGCUGCCCCAGGGUCCGACUUUGACUGCUCACGAAGCCCUGUCUGGCGUCUUCGGCUCCAUUUCGCUAGCUUCGUGGAUCUUUCUUUUGGUCCCCCAACUGGUAGAAAACUAUAAGCAGGGCUCCGCAGAGGGCAUAUCGCUAGCCUUCCUCGCUGUCUGGUUCAUUGGCGACAUCACAAACCUCGCCGGCGCUCUUUGGGCUGGUCUCGUGCCCACCGUGAUUGCGCUCGCCAUAUACUUUUGUUUCGCCGAUUUGAUCCUUAUAAGCCAAUGCCUAUAUUACAAUAUCAUCAAUGACCGUAAAUCGAGGAGGAAGUCCACGCGGAGCACCCUCACGCAGGAUAGCGCCGAACAGCCGCUACUGAGCCGGCGUGAUAGCAGCAUCGGGUUGCCGGGUAGCCACAGGAGAAGGAGCUCUGCGGCGAGCAGAAGGAGACGAGAGAGUGUAAACAGGAAUGACUCGCUCGCUCGUAUUGUGGAAGAAGAAUCGGGACACAAAGAGUGGAUUAAGAAUACCGUGAGCAUAAUAGGGGUAUGCAUAAUUGGAACGGCAGGAUGGGCAAUUGCGUGGAAGACAGGCGUAUGGGUACCCACCCCCGAUGACAAUGACGCCGGCACGGACUUGGCGCCCGGUGCGCAGGUAUUAGGAUACGCCAGCGCGGUAUGCUAUCUUGGCGCUCGAAUUCCCCAAAUCAUCAAGAACCAGAGGGAGAGGUCUUGCGAAGGACUAUCCCUACUAUUCUUCAUGCUGUCGUUACUAGGAAAUGCUACAUACGGGGCAGGGAUUCUGUUCCACUCAGUGGAAAAAGAAUAUUUCCUCACUAACCUACCCUGGCUGAUCGGCUCCCUGGGGACCAUGGCCGAGGAUGCCACUAUUUUCAUCCAAUUCCGGAUUUUCGGAGACGGAGCGGCACAGACCGCCGCCGUGGUCUAAGCCUACCCUCAAAGCUCUCCCGAGCUCUCGUUCGACUCACUUCAUCCAUGACUCGAUAACGUACACACAUAACCAUGCCAUGAAAAAUAAAAGGACAAACAAGGAAAGGGCUUCUCCGGAGGACCACCCAGUCGGAUAAUACUCGGGGGUUAUUUCCUUCAUUGUAUUUGUCUUUGAUACCCUAACAGGCACGCUUUGCUUUCAUCAAGACUUUAAUUAGUUGCCCUGCGAUUUACCUUUCCUCCAUGGUAAUACCAUUUUUGCAUAUACUACUAAGAUGAUAAUUUGCAUAUAUUCAAUGCAUAGAAGGGCGUGGUAAGUUCUGUUGCAGCUGUCCUAAUCUCCAGAAAUAAAAUUCUUGAUAAUUGACUAUACAUGAUGCAACAGUCGGCGAAGGCGGGUACUGUAUGCAAGGUGAGCUACAUUGUGUUAAUAUAAUAGUAGAAAAUUUGUC